AAGAAUGCCGAGACGAUAUCAUAGGUGUACACUCCACAGCGCAGCCAUGGAAGGUAUCGUCGUCUUAGCAGCUGCCCUGGCUUUCAGCCACGCCUUGCCACCAGGCGUUUAUCGCUCUGCGGGUCUCGGAGAAGACGCUGAUCCUCACAAGUACCCUUGGCUUGGCGCCCUGUAUACGGACGACAUGUUUCACUGCAACGCAGCGGUGCUCAACGACAGCUGGAUAUUGACCAACCAUCUAUGCUUAAAUUUCCGCCUGAACAAUGCCUGGUUUGGAAGGUACGAUUUGUCGGUGGACGAGCCAUCUGGUCAAAGACGGACUUUCGCAGAGGUCGUUGGGCACCCUCAGUUUAAUGGGACGAACUUCAACUACGACUUUGCACUUUUGAAGCUCUCCACACCGUUGGAGUUUAAUGAGUACGUGUCAGCAGUUGCCUUGCCAAAUGGAGAUGACGACAUCCAAGAUGCUACGUGCACAGCGACCGGCUGGAAUGUGUACAACAGGCCGGACACCUACGAUCCUCAGGGGUUGGAUCAGCUACAGGUAGUUCCUCAAAAGGAUUGCGAGGAGAAAUAUGGUCCUGAUCGCGAUUAUCUGGUCACCGAAACAAAGUUUUGUGCCAGUUACGCUGUCUGCGACGAUAACCUUCUCCAGUAUGCAUUGGCAGCACCCAUGGUAUGCGCAAAGCAGGACGGUAAACCACAGCUGAGUGGUCUAGUUGAAUUUGCGACGUCCUGUACUAAGCCUAGACCUCCCCUCGUUAACCGUGUCGGUGCAGCCGUCAAGUGGAUCACGGCCACCAUCACCAGCAAGUAGCCAGCAAGUCGAUAACGCCACCAUCAACACCACUAGCGUGAUCGAAAGACAAUAAAGAGAUAUAGUUUGCA